UCCUCAUAUAAGCCGAUUGUAUAGUUUUGUCUCUAUCGUGACACGAGUCGACUAUCUAUCUAUCUAUCGUGACAUUUGUGUCCAUCGAGUCAAAUCUUUUCCUCUGGUUUAAGUGGCAGUCCUAGAGAUUCAUUCUUGUUUCAACGCCAGAAUCUGGUUUAAGUGGCAGUCCUAGAGAUUCAUUCUUGCUUCAACGCCAGAAUCUGGUUUAAGUGGCAGUCCUAGAGUUUAAUUGCAAUGGCUAUAAAAGGGCUUAUUUUUGCUGUAUGCUGUAUAUUUUCUGUUGUGAUAGCUGAUCAAGAUGAGAAGGACUCAUUUAGACAGACUAUUUGCAAUAAGAAUAGUGAUGAAUUGUUUGAUGACCUGGAGGAUUGCUUUCAAAAAUACGAAACUAAAGUAAGUCACGAGAUAACUGCGAAAUGCAAUACAAAAAUAUACCCACAGUCAGAAGGAAGCAGCCCCAUUAUGGUUAAACAAGCUUGCAAAGAGUGGACUUUGUGGAAGCAGUUUGAUGAUUGUUUUGAAGAAUAUAAACACUUGUGGGAUAAGAUGGAGGUUGGAGAAGAAGGAGACAAAUGUUAUCAGGCAGUAUUUGUGAAGCAUGAGAUAAAUGUAUCUUGAAUUCCAAAGCAAUUUGAAAAAGGAAUAAGUAUUGAAAGUUGCGAAUACUUACGAAAUUACAUAUGUAUAACCAUAUGAUAAAUAAAAUGCAUUGUUAAUCAUAA